AUGCGCCGCGCGCUCCUGGCGCUCGUGGCCGCCGCGUGCUGCCGUCUCGCGUGGCCGCGCGCUCCCGCCGCCGCCGCCGCCGCCGCCGCCGCGCCCGGGGCCGUCGAGCUCCGCCAAGCGGCCGCGCCCGAGUGUCCCGUGACGGCGCCGCCGCCGCCGCUGCUGCCGCUGCCGCCGCUGCCGCCGGCUCCGAGGAGAACCAAGCGCUUCGCCUCGGUGCCGCGCUACGUGGAAACGCUGGUGGUGGCCGACGAGUCGAUGGCCCGCUUCCACGGCGCGGGGCUCAAGCACUACCUGCUCACGGUGAUGGCCGGCGCCGCCAAGGCCUUCCGGCACGCCAGCCUGGCGAACCCCGUGGAGCUGCUGGUGACGCGGCUGGUGGUGCUGGGCGAGGGCACCCCGGGGCCCCCCGUCACCUCCAACGCCGCCGAGAUGCUGCGCAACUUCUGCGAGUGGCAGAAGGACCUCAACGACCCCGACGAGGACAGUCCCCUGCACUUCGACACAGCUAUCCUCUUCACCCGGCAGGACCUGUGCGGCGCGGCCACCUGCAACACGCUGGGCAUGGCCGACGUGGGCACCGUCUGCAACCCCGCGCGGAGCUGCUCCAUCGUGGAGGACGACGGGCUGCAGGCGGCCUUCACGGCCGCCCACGAGCUCGGCCACGUCUUCAACAUGCUGCACGACGACUCCAAGGCUUGCGAGGAGCUGAACCGCCGCUCGGGCUCCUCGCGCCGCAUGAUGGCCCCGGUGAUGUCCUCCGUGGACCCCGACGAGACGUGGUCCCCUUGCAGCGCUCGCUUCAUCACCGAUUUCUUGGACAACGGGCACGGUCGCUGCCUCCUGGACAAGCCUCCGGAGUGGUUGCGGUUGCCUUCGGCGCUGCCGGGCAGCGAGUACGACGCCGACCGGCAGUGCCAGCUCGCUUUCGGUCUCGAAUCGCGUCACUGCCCCAGCCCGCAACCUCCCUGCGCUUCGCUCUGGUGCACCGGCCACGUCAACGGGCGCUCGCUGUGCCAGACCAAGCACUUCCCGUGGGCCGACGGCACGCCGUGCGGCUCCGGCAAGAUCUGCCGCAACGGGCUGUGCGUGAGCCGGGGCGCCGCGAAGGCUUUCGAUACGCCCGUGCACGGCGCCUGGGGGUCCUGGGGCCCGUGGGGCGAGUGCUCGAGGAGCUGCGGCGGCGGCGUGCGCUUUUCCCGGCGGGCCUGCGACAAGCCAGCGCCCCGCAACGGCGGCAAGUACUGCGAGGGCAAACGGGUCCAGUUCCGCUCCUGCAACGUGGACGCCUGUCCCGGGACCACCCCUCUCACCUUCCGGGAACAGCAAUGCGCCGCCUACAACUACCGCUCUGACCUCUUCAAGGGCUUCCCGGCACCCAUGGACUGGGUGCCGCGCUACAGCGGCGUCGCCGAGAAGGACCAGUGCAAGCUGACCUGUCAGUCGGAGGCGCUGGGCUACUACCACGUGCUGGAGCCGAGGGUGGCCGACGGGACGCCCUGCUCCCCCGAGAGCACCUCGGUGUGCGUGCAGGGCCGCUGCAUCCCCGCCGGCUGCGACCGCGUCAUCGGCUCCAAAAAGAAGUUCGAUAAGUGCAUGAAGUGCGGCGGUGACGGCUCCAGCUGCACCAAGGUCUACGGCUCCUUCGCCAAAGCCCGCUACGGCUACAACGACGUGGUCACCAUCCCGGCGGGAGCCACGCACGUCCUCGUCCGGCAGAUCUCGGCGGCGGGCGGCGAGGACGUUUUCCUGGCGCUGCGGCGGCCGGACGGCGCCUCCCUCCUGAACGGCAACUACGUCUUGGUGCCGUCGGAGACGGACGUCAAGCUGGCCGGCGGCGUCACGUUGCGCUACAGCGGGGCCACCAAGACCGUGGAGACGCUGGCCGGCCGCGGGCCGCUGCAGCAGCCGCUGGUGCUGCAGGCCUUGGUGGUGAAUGAGCAGCGGGCGCCACGGCUCAAAUACAGCUUCUUCGUGCCCCGGGCAAAGAAACACCCGUCGCCGGCGUGGGAGAAGCAGAAAGCCGAGAUCCUGGAGAUCUUGAAGAGCCGCCGACGCUCCAAGUAGCCCCGGGGAAACCUCAGAGCAGGCUAAUGGCGCCUCCGCGAGCCGGGCCGGCGUGAGGCCGUGGCUCUAGCGGACGCCCUCGGUGUCCGGGACCGACCGACCCGGCGCGGCCCCGGGCGGGACCGUCAGCCCCGUUGCACUGAAGCACCUAUUUAUUUGGUUAUUUAUUGCUCGCUGGGAGCGGGGGCAUCACUCGCGGCGCAGCGGCGGGCGGCUCCCUCGGCGCCGCCUGAGCCCCGCCGGGCUCGGGCCACGCGUGGGACGAGCCACGACACGCAGCAUAACCGUGUCUACCUCAGCCCCCUCUCUCCGGCCGCGUCCCCCCACUCCCCGGUGGCCCUCUGCCAAAGCGGGGCACCUCUCCUGCGGGGGGGUGGGCAGCAAAACCGAGGUGUUCUCCCUGGAUGGGGUGUCCUCCCCUGGGCAGGUCUCAGGGUCCCCUCCGCACCGCUGUCACCCCACCGGCAUCGCCCCAGGCUGGUGCCAGGUUGCUGCCGGCUCCGGCCUUCACGCGCAGCGCAGCUAUUUGAGCUAUAAUUUAUUACAGGACGCCCCAAAGCCGCAGGCAGGGCCCGGGCGAGUCCGCGGGCGCCUUUUCCCCACUCCGUCCGAGAGCUGCGGCCUCUCCUCCGCGCCCGGGGUUUGCAGCAGAAUCGCGCACGAUUAUUUAAAGCUAUUUAUGGA